AUGAAUUCUUCACAGAUUACUGUAGCAUUUAGCAUUCAUUACCAAACAAGUUAUGGCGAGGAGUUGUAUGUCAUUUUAGACGACUCGACCAGUCGUAAAUUGACAUGGCGUCCUGGUCAUAUAUGGGUUGGUUCUGCUACCAUUCAGCGACCGAGGACUUUAAGAUGGUCUUACACAUUACAAAACAAUGGCCAAGUUAUUAGAAGAGAAAACUUGAUCUAUCCACGCCAAUACAAACUUGACAAAAAUCACAAGUUCUUCCAUUUGUUUGACAGAUGGGAUAACUCGUGUUCUAAUGUCUCACCACUCACAAUACACCCAACUGGUACACAAGACAGGGAUUUCUCUCAGAACAACAAAUCUCAAACUAUAUCUCCGUUGAAGAAAUCUCAAAGCAUUAUUACUGUCUUUGUAAGAAUACCACAAAGAGUUAGAAGUGGAUUCUAG